AUGGCCGGGGGCAGCGCCCGCAUGGAGAGCAUCGAUCAAUGCGAGUCCACCGCGUCUCCACCGCUGGGAGCUUCCAGAGCCGCAGACGGUGCCGAAGUGGAGUUCGUGGAGCUCGGCGCCAGGCGUCCACGACGGGUCUCGGUGGUUGAUGUGCGGGUCUUGUCAGGUUGUACCGAAGCUCGUCGUCAGUUUGCGCCCGGACAGGAAAUUGAGGCCUCCGUCUCCAAUUCACCAGCCACGACGUGGGGUCCGCGACACGGCGGUGCGGUCCCGAUCGGCCUUGGGAAAGUCGGGAAAGCGGCGGGCGGAGCUCGCCGAGUGUGCAGGAGAUAUUCUCCAUGA